UGAUUUUGUUUUUUGUUUACACUAUAUUGUCUUCGGUUGCCAAAGGAAGGAAAAAAAAAUUGUCUUAUUAUAGAAAAGAAUUGUUUGAUAGAAAAAUGAGCUCGCAAAAGAGUAUGCCAUUGACGAAAGAAGAAGUAAUGCAGCUGGUACAAUUAGUUGAGGAAAAUCCAGUGGUGUUCAGCAAAGCCACAAAUGCAAGCAAUAACCUGCUCAAGGAUGCGACUUGGAGUAUUAUCACAGAUAGUUUCAAUGCAUUAAUAGCCAGUAGCCCGAGAAAACCAGAGCAACUGAGAUUAAAAUGGGAAAAUUUGAAGAAAUCUGCCCGAAAACGCAGUACUAAAAUAAGAAUGAAUAACCUAAAGACAGGAGGUGGAAAACCAGAAUUCAUUCCACCAGAUGAAGCUUUGGAUAAAGUUGCUGCCAUUUUGGAUGCAUCGGACCAAGAGACCAUUAAACAAAUCACUGUCGCACCUGCUUUAUCCCCACAUACUCCGAAGUCAAAGUUAUUUUUUUCAUCGGUUUCAAGCAAAGGUAAAUUGAAGCGCCAAAAUGCUGCAUGUGAUGUUAAGGCAUCUGUGGUUGCCAGAAAUCGGGCUAUAACAGCCUAUUAUGAUGCAAAGAAGAAAAAUGAAGAAGAAAUAGCCACUAUUAAAAAAAGGAAAUUGGAGUUGGAAAUUUUAGAGUUGGAAAGGAGAAUUUACCCUGAUCCGACAAAAUAGGAAAAAUAAGUUCAAAAUUAAAAAGUUUAUAAAA